AUGAAAAAGUCAGUCUCUCAGAAGAUUUUCUAUGGCAAUUGUUACCGCAAAUUAGGGCAGUUUUUGAGUGAAAAGGUGAAUAGCGAAUUUAUAAGUAUUUGGGGUAAAGUGCACACACCUCUAGCCAAUGAUCAUCAAAGCUUUAUUUCAAAUUUGUUACAGGGCGAAAAGGGUGAUAUGGGCCGCAGAGGUAGAAGAGGGAAAAUUGGGCCUCAAGGCGCACCAGGACCCCCAGGCAAGUUUGGGGAAAUCGGAUUACCAGGAUGGACGGGAAGACCUGGUUUGGCGGGACUGCAAGGACCGAAAGGUGAAAAAGGAGAACAAGGAACGGGUUCAAAAGGUGACAAAGGCGAUAAAGGACAGGAUGGACUUCCAGGCAAGGAUGGCAAAGACUCAGAAAGCCGAUUCAUUCCGGUACCUGGUCCACCUGGACCACCAGGCGCACCAGGAUUACCGGGAUUGUCAAUAACUGGCCCCAAAGGCGAACCUGGAGAAUCUAUAUUUAGCGAACCGUACAUCAAUAUACGUCCAGGUCGGUCCACUGCCAGUCCACCGAUAGCGCACGCAAUAACGCAAAAGAAAAAUCCAACUAUGGGAGCUAUGGCUUUCAGGUCGAGAGAUAUCAUGCUUGAAUCGACCAAGGAAAGCCCGAUUGGAACUAUGGCUUAUAUUAUAGAAGAAGAGGCUUUGCUGAUUAAAGUUCACUCGGGUUGGCAAUAUGUCGCUUUGGGUUCACUACUGCACAUGGGACACACGACUAUGCCAAGUACCACUGCUCCGCCUCAACUGAAUCCACCAUUUGAAUCCAGCAAUCUUAUUCAUGACAAUACGCUGCCAGUGAAACCAAUUUUACCUGAACUACCUCAGUCAUUUAGUCCAAAACCUGAGGUCAAUGUUAGACUGGAAGCUUCGCAUUCACCUUUUGGCGAACACUUGUUACAUAAUACACAAUUUGCUGCUCUACGAAUAGCGGCCUUAAAUAAUCCUUACACUGGUAACGCUGGAGGUGUACGAGGGGCCGACUACGAUUGCUAUAGGGAAGCUCAUAGAGCUGGACUUAAAGGGACUUUUAGGGCUUUCCUAUCUUCGAGAGCCCAAGAUCUCAGCUCCAUCGUACGCCAAGUAGACAGAGUACUACCAGUCUGUAACCUUAGAGGAGACGUACUUUUCGAUUCCUGGCUGAAAAUUUUCGACGGUAGAGGAGCCAAGCUACCUCACGAACCAAGAAUUUUUUCGUUUAACGGCAAAAACAUCAUGAACGACCCGCACUGGCCUAACAAAGAAGUCUGGCACGGCGCUUUGGCGGAUGGCACGAGAGCCUUGGACUUAUCCUGCGAAGCUUUCCAUGCGUCGUUUUAUGGCAAGUUUGGUCUUGCGGGCGAUCUCAAGGAGAAAGUGAUCUUGAAGCAAAAUCCAACGUCGUGCGACAAAAAGCUGGUUUUGCUCUGUAUUGAGGCUACUAGUGAGAAAUUUGUACAGAGGAGAAAGAGAACGUUGAACACACAAGAACCCCCAAAAGGCAGCGAUCUUAUUUUUGGUGGGACAUGUGAUAAGUGCAAAAAGGUGUUCUGUAAAAAAUGCGAGAAGUGGGCAGCAACAGAGAGUGUUCAUAAUGAACACCAUAUUGAAAGUAUCUUCAUGCAAAACCGAAAGCUAAGCGAACUUGUUAUUAAGAUGGAGGAAAGGAUUGAGGAGAAUAACAUUAAUUUUUGCGAACAAAUAGACGAUUUUAAUACCACCAUAAGAGAGACAGAAGGACAAACGGAUGCAUUACGUAGAAAUACGAUAGAGUUUCAGGAUGAAGUAUUUUUAACUGAGAGGGAGCAUGAAUCUGAAACUGAUAGACUUAAGAAUACCGGAAGAUUAGAAAAUGAGAAACUAAGACAACAUAUAAUUGAUCUUACAAGAAUAAUUAAAGACAAGAAACAGGAAGUUGACUAUAAGAGUGACGAAAUAAAUCAAUUGAAAAAAGAGUUGGAAAUGAAAGAUAAAGAAAUAACAAUGUCAAGACAAAACUAUUCUGCGCUGGAAGGAAUUAAUACAAAAGUAAUACUAACAGUGUCUGAUCUUGAAAAACAAUUGGUUAAAACACAGUCUGAAAAAGACACGGUGGAGGAUAGAAAUAUUGAAAUUGAGGCAAAAUUGUAG